GGCUUGUGCGGAAGUUGCUGGGCGUUUUCGACCAUCGGCGCCAUGGAAGGAGCCUACUACCUGGCCACCGACAACCUGAUCAAGUUCUCGGAGGAGCAGCUGGUCGACUGCGACAAGGUCGACAAGGGGUGCUUCGGCGGCGACAUGGAGCAGGCGUUCGACUGGAUCAAGGCGAACGGAGGCGUGUGCCCCGAGGACGAGUACCCGUACGUCGGACUCUGGCCCCCGUUCAAGACCUGCGCCACCACCUGCACGCCCGUCGAGGGCUCCCAGGUAAAGGAGUGGGCUCAGGUCAAGGCCACCGACGAGGCUCUCAUGACAGCGCUCGCGACGGUCGGGCCGAUCGCUAUUGCCAUCGAGGCCGACCAGAUGGCGUUCCAGUUCUACAGCGACGGCGUUUACACGGCUCCUUGCGGGGACAAGCUGGACCACGGUGUGCUCGCCGUCGGAUACGGCACGUGGGAAGACGGGACGGACUACUGGAAGGUGAAGAACUCGUGGGGCGACAGCUGGGGCCAGGGCGGGUACAUCCUUCUCGAGAGGGCAGACUCGGAGGAGGACGAGGGCGGCCAGUGCGGCCUCCUCAUCGAAGCCAUCUACCCCAUCCUCGGCACGCCCGAGGAAGACGCUGACGCGGAGGCGGGAUUCGCGGUCGAGGCCGCCGAGGUGACCGCGAUGUCCGAGGCGGAGCGCGAGGCUCUUUGGGCUCUGGUUGACCCCUCCGACGUCACGGCGAGGCCGGUGGGCUUCCAGUCCAGCGCCAGCGCGAAGGACUGCGGCGGCGGAACCAGCGACGUGGUUUUCCACGAUGUGACCAUCUCUCCCGCCGCCCCUAGGCGCGGCCAGCCGGUUUCCAUGAUGGCCAAGGGGACCCUUACCAAGCCUCUAGCGGAGGGAGACUACAACCUGGAGGUGAUGCUCGGCUCUUCGACCAUCUACCAGCACGGCGGCUCUCUCUGCGGGGAAAGCUCUGCCGAGAUAACAGUCGGAUAA